AUGGUCCACAUAGCCAUCCUUGACGGCGGAAACUCAAAUGUUCCUCAGACUCAACUUGCUCUAGAUAUUCGAUUUAACUUGGCCAGGUUCCCCAACUGCAUAUUGCUUACCCGAGUUGGCCAGUUCUAUGAAUCUUACUUCGACCAAGCACCUGAGGUGGCACGCUUACUGGAUAUCAAACUCACUUCGCGACGUUGGGGUGGCUCACGCGUUCAUAUGUGUGGAUUCCCAUUGGUGCAUCUAGACCGCCAUUUGAAGGUUCUCGUCUCCCAGAGCAAGCGCUUUGUCGCUCUUUGCGAAGAAUUCAAGGUUCCUGAUGGCUUUGAACGAAGAGUGGUUCGCAUUGUCACUCCAGGGACACUGAUUGACGAGUCAUUUCUCAAUCACUACGAGAAUAAUUAUCUGGUCGCAAUUAGUACGGGAGACUCGGAAGCGGCUGGCUUGGCGUGGAUCGAUGUUUCUACUGGAGAGUUCUUUUCACAAUCUUCCACUAUUGGAGAGCUUCAAAAUGAUCUUGCUCGGAUUUCCCCUCAGAGGACUAAUAAGAACCAUCCUCUCCACCAUAUACUGGGUGAUGACUUCUCUUCUAUCACGAGUUACACGAGCUUUGACAAUGAAGUUAUCCCUUCACCUACUGACGGAGUCCCGGCAUCUACGACUUCCAUAUCUUAUGGCCAGGAUGAGCUGGCAGCUGUCCGUCUGCUUACCUCGUUCCUGCGAACCCACCUCCUCGAGACAAUGCCCAAUCUCCCAGCCCCGGUCCACCAAACUUUCGAAACUAAAAUGCAAAUUGAUUCCCAUACGAUCGCUGCGCUUGAGAUCAAACGAGUCAUUCGUGACGGUGGAGUUAAGGGCAGCUUACUCAGCACAAUCAAACGCACUGUGACGAGGAGCGGCACUCGCCUGCUGUCGCGGUGGCUAUGCUCGCCUAGCACGUCGUUACCUGAGGUUCAUGCCCGUCAAGAGCUUGUGGCGCUUUUCAAACGUCGGCCGCAUCUUAGAGCUGAUUUAACUGCGAUUCUUCGAUGCAUUGGAGAUGUUACUCGCAUCGUUCAGAAACUCAUGUUCCGCAGGGGUGAUAUCAGCGACCUUGUUGCAAUGAGGGAAACGAUUCAGGCUUGGAUCUCGAUCCGAGAACGGGUUUUUCUCGAGGUGGAACAAGCCAAGGUUGAAAGUGAGGAAUCUGUGCUGAACUGGGCUUGCAUACUUGGUUUGAUGGACAGAAUGGUGAAUAUGGAACAGCUUGCUACACUCAUCGGUUCCGCCAUCAGUGAUAUGGAAAAGUUGCCGAAUGAUACAAGCAGUGAAUUUGACGAUGGCGAAGAAGGGAGACUACCACCCGAAGAUACUGUGGCCUUUAUCGGGCAAUAUGACGCUCGCAGAGGUGACCUGGUCUUCAGUUUCUCCCCAGUGUUGCAGGGUUUGCACCAGCGCUUGAACGAGCUUCAUGAUGCACAACAAAAACUGGAGAAGUUGUUGCAAGGGCAAUUCAAUGUUCCGUCCCUGACCCUUCGAGCGAAUCCGCAACAUGGACCUCACGUUCAUAUUGCGAAGGUACGGAGGGACGGCCCUCGCUUUGAAGCUUCAGAUGCCAUUCCGAUUUCAAGGAGCAAGACCACGAGCACAUAUUUUCUCAAGGAAUGGUCACAACUUGGGUCCGAGAUUAUCGAUACCCAAAACCAAUUGUUCCUAGCCGAACGAAGCGCGCUCGAGGACCUAAGAAACGAGGUCAAUGCUCACGCAGCGAGCUUGCGGAGGAAUGCGAGCCUGAUUGAUGAAUUAGAUGUGCUAAUGGGCUUCGCCGACCUUGCACACGAGAUGAACUUUGUUCGUCCAACCCUCUCCGAUGAGCAAGUAACAUUCGUACUCAAAUUUACAAUAUUUCACGUCGCCAAUGGUCGCCAUCCGACUGUUGAGAUGGGCCUUUUUCGGCAAGGCCGCACCUUCACUCCAAAUACCGUUCUUUUGUCCCCCUUGUCCCGCCUCCAUAUCAUCACCGGCCCAAACAUGUCUGGAAAAUCUUCCCUUCUUCGCCAAUCAGCUCUCAUAGUAAUCCUUGCGCAAGUCGGGUCGUUCGUUCCUGCCGAUAACGCACAUAUCGGGAUAGUGGAUGCGGUGUUUACUCGUGUGGGUGCAAAAGAUGACUUGUAUCGAGAUCGGAGCACGUUCAUGGUAGAAAUGCUCGAGACUGCAGAGAUAUUGAAGAGAGCUACGGACAAGAGUAUGGUUAUCAUGGAUGAGGUGGGGAGGGGCACUACGAUCAAAGACGGAGUUGCUAUUGCAUUCGCCACAGCAUGGCAUUUGUACAGGGUGAAUCAGUGCCGAACGCUGUUCGCAACACAUUUUCAUGAGGUGGCAGAUAUGUUGGGGUACAGAGAAGACAAGAAUGCACCGGCUGACGGAGAGGGAGUGGAUGAGAAGGGGAAUGCCUUCCCUUUUAUCAAGUUCUUCUGUACGGGGAUUGACAAGUUCGAGGACGGGCGCUUUUCGUAUUCGCACCGACUGCGGCCAGGGGUGAAUCGAGAUAGCCAUGGAAUCGAAGUGGCCCAAAUGGCCGGAAUUCCACUCAAAACUGUCAAUGUGGCGUCCAGGGUACUGAAAUGGAUGGGUUCACAGGAACAGCAUUGGCUUUCCAGCAGUGAUCAUCUCCGUAUUCUCGGGUCAGAUUUGAUGCGUCGUUCGGAGGCAGAGACCGAUCCGACUGGCACCUAG